CAGGAAGCACAUACCCCACUCCCCACAUUUUGAAUUAUUUUGGAUAUUCGCUUCACUAAAUUUUUGAAGAAGAAGAAGAAGUAGUGGAAAAUGGGGUUUGGGAAUGUAAGAACCGAAGGGAUUCUCAGAUUUUGUGCCAUUUUUUUGUUGGUUUUAUCAGUUUGCUUGCUGGGUUUUGAUAAGCAAACUACUCAAAUCUUUCAUAUUGACAAGAAAGCCUCUUUUAGAAGUUUGCGUGCUCUCGUAAUAAUUAUAUAUGUGGAUUCAAUGGUAGCUGGCUACAAUAUUCUUCAAAUCUGCAAAUGUUGGAUUUUUGCUCAGCCAAAAGGAAUCUCCAAAUUAGGGGGUCACUUUGAUAUAUACUUAUUUUGGCUUUCUUUCUUUCUUGAUCAAGCAGCUGUAUACCUCACAUUUGCGGCGAACACGGCGGGGAUGGAGGCGUCGUUUCUGGCGGUGACCGGAGCACGGGACUUCCAAUGGAUGAAGCUCUGCAAUAGAUUCCAUAGAUUUUGCUACCAAGUUGGAGGAGCUUUUCUUUGUGGCUAUGCAGCUUUCUCUACAUUGCUCGUCAUUUCAUUCAUCUCUGCUUUCAGUCUGUUUAGGCAUUAUUCACCAAACCAUUUCCUUAGACUCAAAUCAUCCAACAAGUGAAGUAUUGUUCCCCAAGUUUACCUUUUUGUUGUUGGAUAUUUUGACUCCUACCUUUUGGCCUUUUCACCUCUAUCAAUUGUGUGUAUUUGGAUUGGCAAUGAUCAAGUAUAUAUAUUUUAGAACAUGUGUUUGGUAUAA